GCUGCGGCCAGCUCGCGGCAUGUGGAGCUGUGCUGGGCUUUGGUGGGGGGGCGAGUCCGUGGUGACCAGCAUCGGUUUGAGCGGAGUUAGUCGACAGUCGGGGGACAAGCCUUGAGCACAGUGACAGCGUUUGGGUGACGGCUCCCCUGGAAAGCGAGGGAGAGAAUGAGAAUAGUGGAUUUUGUUUCUACUUGUCGGUACAGCGCAGCAGAAGAAGGGAAAUCGCUCCAAAAGUCUAAUGUAGCAGAUGUGCACGUUGCUAAUGAUUUUGACAUGAAGAAGGACAUAGACACGUUAAUAGCAGAGGAACGUGCUGAGAUCAUCUCUAAAUAUGACAAGGGCAGGCAGGACGGUGUCAAAAUUGACCCAUGGGAGGAUGCUGACUACAGCAUCUUUAAGGUCACUGACCGCUUCGGCUUCCUGCAUGAAGAGGAACUGCCAACACCCAGUGCACUUGAAGAGAAGCAAAAGCAACAGGAGUUAGAGCGAGUGGAGAAAUGGCUGAAGAUGGUGAAGAAGUGGGACAAGUACAGGAACAGUGAAAAGUUGGUGAAGCGUGUAUAUAAAGGCAUCCCUCUUCAGCUGAGAGGCCAAGCGUGGGCCUUGCUUUUGGACAUAGAAAAAGUCAAAAGCGAUAACGAGGGAAAAUAUGAAGAAAUGAAGCAGCAUGCUCGUGACUUCUCCACAGAGAUCAAGCAGAUCGACUUAGACGUCAACAGAACCUUCAGGAACCACAUUAUGUUUAUGGAUCGCUUUGGAGUCAAGCAGCAAGCGCUGUUUCACGUACUGGCAGCUUACUCUGUCUACAACACGGAGGUGAGCUACUGCCAGGGGAUGAGUCAGAUCGUUGCCAUCUUGCUCAUGUACCUGAAUGAGGAAGAUGCCUUCUGGGCUCUGUCCCAGCUCCUCACCAACAGCAAGCAUGCAAUGCACGGGUUCUUCAUCCCGGGAUUUCCCAAGCUGCACCGUUUCCAGGUCCACUAUGACCUGAUUCUCUCCAAAAUGCUGCCUAAGCUGAAGAAACACCUGGACAAGGAGCAGAUGACAACAGGGAUUUACACCACCAAAUGGUUUCUCCAGUGCUUCAUUGACCGAACCCCAUUCACCCUCACCCUGCGUUUAUGGGACAUUUACAUAUUGGAGGGAGAGAAGAUGCUAACUGCCAUGGCGUAUACAACCCUGAAGUUACACAAGAAGCGUCUGCAGAAGCUUCAGUUAGAGGACCUGAGGGAGUUUCUCCAAGAGCAGCUGCCUGCUUCUUUCUUACUGCCUGAUGAUGUGGUGAUUGAACAGUUACAGACUGCUAUGUCUGAGCUACGCAGUAAAAAGCUGGACCAACCUCCUCCAGCCAAGUCAGACGAGCUUCCAAAGAAACCUCUGGGUCAAAAGAGACCGGUUGUCCUACUGCCGCUGCAGCCUGACUCUCCUCUGGAGGUCAAAAUAAAUCUUCAGCCCCACAGCCAGCCCAGUACAGAGACCCAGCAAACAGACAGCAUCACCUUCCACCAGACCCCUUCUCCUCCAGAACCCCAGGACUCAAGAAGCCUCUCCGGCGCUAACACACCUUCCUUGCCUUCACCAGAUCCAGUCGUAGUCCAUACGCAAAGAACACCUUCUCCUGUAGAGCCUUGUAAAGUGCCUCCAUUACCUCCAAAAGCAAGCAAACCGUCUGCUAUGGUCAGGUUGGACAGAGAUGUGAAGGAGCCACAUCCACAGUAUAGCCAGACAGAAAACACGAGCGAACCGGUGAGCCAGCCUGGAGACCCAGAGAACCAGGAAGAAACUGAGGAUUGGCCCCCACCCUAUGAACCGACUUCCUUGGAUACUUUUACUGUGCAGGCUGAGGAAGGGAUCAUAGACCUUCCAGAUCUGCCACCUCCACCUUUCUUUUACCCUGAGGAGAAUGACCAAAUGCCUCUGGGUGGUGUAUCACCCUGUCUAAGGACUGGGACUGGUCUGGAGAUCCAGCGCCACUCUCCUUCUCCCCGCUCAGCCUCACCACUGGUCACUCAGAUGAGGCCUUCAAAACCAGGCCCAAAACCACCCAAGUCUCUUUAUGCCACACAGGAAAAACCUCCUCCCCCAAAGCCUUCUCUUCCCCCCCAUGCCUUCUCCUCCUUGUCCACCUCCACCUCCUCUCCCAGACUUUCUUCCCCAAAGCUGACCAAGUUCCCAGUCUCUCUCUACGUUCCAGGGCCCACGGGAGACAGACGGCCCUCCAACACCUCACAGUAUGACAACCUGUCGGAGGCUGAUGAGGAUGAUCGCUAUCUGGAGAGGCUGCUCAGCUCCACUCCUGACAAAAUUCUCAGCAUGCACAGCAAUCCUCCACAUACCAUAAACCAAGACUACGACCCUGCUCUCUACCCUCUGCCUCCACCUCCUGUCUUUAUCCCUCCUUCCCCUUCUCCUAUUCCCCCCUCACUGUGCGUUCUCCCCAGUUUGCCACAGGAGCCUGAAUAUGUAGGAGAGGACAGCUGGGUGGAGGACUCCAUCAUCCCCCCUCCUCCUCCUAGUUUUGCUGACAGACUCACUCCCUUCCAGUGUAGUGCCGCCAGCUGUUCAGACACACACAGAGCCACCUCGCCCAGUUACUCUAAGCCUUUCCCCAGGGCCCCAAGGGACCAUUCUGCCUUCCCAGCACCACUGUUGUACACGGGGUCUCCCCCGGGCCACCCCAGGCCCUCAGGACAGUCAGCAGUAGGCAUACCCCUGGUCCAGUCUAGCCCAGACUUUUGCAAGGUGUCUCCAGGUGGACAGCAGCUGCCCAAAUCAGUGACCUUUUGAAGUUUCCAAGUAUCAUUCAAGUGUUACUGAUUAUGUCAGUAUGAUUCAAACUCUCUGUCAAUGCUUGAUUCAUUUUCAAAGCCAUUUAAGAAGUGAAAGGCCAGUAGCUACUCCAUGUGUCAAAGGUUUCCGUGUGUUUGUGUGUGUGUGUGUGUGUGUACGUGUGUGUGUGUGUGACAGGACCUUUUUCAUUGAUAUGUACAGAUUUCUGUGAUACUUGCACCUUUUUUUGUAAGGGCAGUUAACUUUUCUAAGCGUCAAACUUGUAUUUAAAACUGCUGUUUGUGUUACUGAUUGCUGCACAAAAAACAAGGGUAUGAACUUGUCCAGUGUGUGAGACAGUUUGAUGUACGGUAAUGACAAAUUUACCCAGAAAUAAGGUGAGCCAAUACCAGCUGCGUGUUUCACCAUUGCUUCAUCUCCAGUUACUUUAAUUUUGUUCCAACAAAGUGUCUUAACCUGAUCACAGCGCACUGAGGGGUAGCAACUCUAACUCAAGGGCUUCUGAGGCUGCAGCGUAAGGUCGUCUUUUGCUAAAGCACCAAAAGCCUAUACAUUUGUACUGCAUUUAUGGUAAAUUGUGAGCAGGCUCACACAUCUUAAACGUAUGGCAAACUAUAAUGAGAAAUCGUUAAUAUAACACAGUUUCUUUACUGUAUCUUUAGGUCAAUACUUGAUAACAAAGGACCACUAAACCAGGUUGCACCAAAGCAGUUUGCAUGUGAACUUUUAAAAGGAUUGCUAAAGUUGACACCACCAGCAGCAGAGAAGGCAUAGUGCAAUGUGUCACUGGUAUAAAUACUUAUGGUAGUUCCAGGCAGGUUGCGGUGGGUACUCUGUGGGUAUUUUGCUGCUUUUUUUUUUUUUUUCAAGUUUUAAAUUGUUUUGUUGGGAUGCUGUCAAUUUCAAAGAAAUAGUUCCAGUUUUAUAUCUGUUUGUCUGACGCUUGAUUUCACCUUAAUAAUGUAGUGUUUCAUGUAUAUAUGCAUGCACCUAUCAAGGUUAAAUAAGGUGGAAAUAUAAGCCUAAGAUGGUGAUUGGCACAUGUUUGUGAAGAGUAGCUCCCUCUAGUGGUUGGAAGCAUCACAGAUUGACAGCGGUUCUAAAAUGAAGCCCCUGCAUUUUCGAACACAGUCCCUGGCCAUGACAUAAAUGCUACCUAUAAUGCUUGUUUAUGAAUGUGCACGUAGUAAGCUAGAUUUAAGAAAACAAGGACAGACUCCUUUAUCACACAGUUCUGAAUCCAAGCUAAAUUUCUUCAUAUGCACAGCCAUAAUUUAGAGCCAUUGCAGUGACUUUGUCAAAUUAUUUUAAAUGCGCACAGCAAAAGUUCUUGAGAAAUGGAAGUUGAGCCAUAAUAUAGUGUACAAGGACCUAAUAGUAAAACAUGUUUAUAUUGUUGUUUCAUUCAGUUAUACUGUAUAUUACAUUAUAUACUGUCUCAACAUCAGUUGUUUUGUUUUUUUGCACUGACCUUUGUUACUACCAAGAGGUUUUGCUAUUCUCUGUAAGUAUUCAGUUGUUUUCUAAUGGAGUUCCAGGUUACUGCUAAGAAAAUGUUUUUUAAUUUCAUCCACAGAUGUUAACAGAUGUUUAAUGGCUUGUUCAUGAACUUUGGUCUGGCUGCUGUGAUUCAUACCCAAGAACUUGCAUCUUGGCCUUCACACAAAUAUGUUUGGCUGGAGUAUUUUUAAGUCAUGUGACCUGACCACCAAUUGUACAUCAUUGCUCCUUUUAUGGAUGUGGUUGACAUCAGUGAUGCUACAGCUCAGACCAAAGCUUGUGUACAUUUAUGCAUCUAAUUAUAUUAUAAAGAGAUAAACCUUA